AUGGACGACGACUGGGAGCCGCCGGUGCCGGCCGGCUACAGCGACGCCCACCGCGCUUUUCUGCAGGCCUUCAUGGCGCGCGGCACGCUGACCUUCAAAGAAGGCCAAAAGGUGCUGGCAGCGAUCAAGUCGGCCUCGGAGGGAGGCGGGCCCGGCGAUGGCGACGGCGACGGCGCUGUCGACCCGCAGUCCAUCACGGCGGCCGAGUUCGACAACUUCGUGCGCACCGCCCGCGCGGCCGUCGAGCCGCUCGACUUCGACAUCCGCAACACGCGCGACCAGGUGCGCGGCGGCGAGCGCGUCUGGGCCUUCGUCAACGCCCACAGCGACCCGGCCACCCAGCUGGGCACCACGCGCUCGCCCGAGGAGGUCGCCUACAUCAAGCGGCUGCUGGACGCCAUGUUCGAGCAGUACAACACGCCACGCAUGGAGGUCAUGGCCGUGGACGAGGGCCAGGCGCUGCGCGUGUCGCGCCCGCCGCGGCGCCAGCGGGAGAGCAGCGGGCUCAGGGCUGACGGCCGCACGGACGAGGACGACAACAACAACAACGACAACGACAACGACGACGGAGGAGGAGGAGAGCAGCGGACGGCGGCCACCGACCGCGGGCUGAAGCACUCGGAGGUGCUGUCGCUGCUCUCGAGCCUGGUGGCCGAAGGCUGGCUGGACAAGAGCCGGGACGGGUUCUACAGCCUGGCGCCGCGCGCGCUGCUGGAGCUGUGGUCGUGGCUGGUGGCGACGUACAACGACCCGGACGCGGAGGAGGGCGCGUGGCAGCGCAUCAAGUUCUGCGAGGCCUGCAAGGAGAUGGUCACGUACGGGCAGCGGUGCAACGAGCCCGCCUGCACCGUGCGGCUGCACGACAUCUGCGAGGACGGCUUCUGGCGCACGAGGCCCGCGCGGACCUGCCCCAAGUGCAACACGCCGUGGGAGGGGAAUCACUUUGUCGGGGAGCGGGCCGUCACCUCGAGGUCGGGGUUCCAAAGGGGGCGGGGGCGGAGGGGGAGACGCAGCGAUGCUGCCGAGACCCAGGAGCCCGACGAGGCUGAGGCGAUCGAGGAGGACGGGGAC